AUGCAUAGAAUGAAGAAUUCUGUCCUGAGUAAAGGCUACCAGAAGGGUAGUCAGGACGGCAGGGAAAGUCCACCAGGAAAAGUCAGAAAAACUCCCCGGAUCCUUGAUGACACAUGGUGUCUGAAGUUCAGAGAGCCCCAGAGCAUCUUGGCCAGCAAGCUCCCUGAGCUGAAAAUCAACAAUCACUUUUGGACCCCAUGUCCUAAAAUUUGGGCAACGUUCAACCAGUCAUGUUACUACUUCUCCAGCAGUUCAGGCGACUGGCAUUUUGCGAAACAAAAGUGUUCAAUGCUGGGUUCACAUCUGCUUGUGAUCAACAACAUUGAAGAGCAAAUAUUUAUUAAAAAAUUAUCGGUACCCAAAAUGUACUGGAUUGGCUUGUCGGACUCUGCCGAGGAAAGACAUUGGCAGUGGGAAGAUGGCACAGAAUAUGAUUCAACACCACAUUUCUGGGCUAGUGGCGAGCCCAAUGAUGCCUUCAACAAUGAGGACUGUGCCCACCUUGAUGAUAAAGGACAGUGGAAUGACAUUAAUUGCUCCACAAAACACAAUUGGAUCUGUGAGAAAAACUCAGUAUGAAUUUCACAAAACUGGUCUUAAAAGUACAAACAAGCUCACAUUGCAUGUUGGUUCUGUGGCAGAAGUCCUGUGCGUUGAGCUUUCGUGUAUUACACUUCAAUCAAGCUAACCAAGUUUAACUCACAUCAACCCAACUUACUAAAUUCAACUCAGUUCAGUUUCUCUUGACACAUUCAAUCCUAGUUGCAGCCACCCUAACUUUACCCAUCCCUAUUCAUCGAGUCACAUAGCAGAUAAUUGGGUCCUUUGGCCUAUUGCAUUUACCCCAACUCAACCAUAUCCCAAUUCAACUCAACUGUAUCCCAAUUCAACUCAACCGUAUCCCGAUUCAACUCAACCGUAUCCCGAUUCAACUCAACCGUAUCUCGAUUUAACUCAACCGUAUCUCAAUUCAGCUCAACCGUAUCUCAAUUCAACUCAGUCGUAUCCCAAUUCAACUCAACCGUAUCCCAAUUCCACUCAACUGUAUCCCAACUCAAUGCCAUCCCAAUCAACUCAUCAUGACCCAUUCUGUCUCUACUCAACCCACGCCUACUCAACUUUUCCCAGUUCAAUCCAUUCCAACUUAGAAUUCUUAUCUCAAUCCAUCAGCUUCAACCCCAUCCCAUCCCACUCAAGCGAACCUAAAUUACCAAUUCAACCCAAAUGAACUCACCAUAGCCCAAAUUAAUAUCUUCCCUAAACACGGCACCAUCCUAUAGUUGGUCAUGCAAAUAGUGCAUGAGACCCAGUCCUCGUAAUGUGCAUCAGUCAGGUGGUCUCUCAUACUGGGGAGCUACAUGAACUUUUUCUGUCUUCUUCCUCCUCCUUUUCCAGUCCCGAUGAUGGUCCUCAGCCCAAAACAUUGAUUUCCAUAGAUGCUGCCUGGCCUGCUGAGUUCUUCCAGCAUUUUGUUUGUGUUGCAAACAUUUUGAGAUGUCAUUUACGUAAGAACUUAAGAAAAUAAGUGUGUGAGUCAGCCACUCAGCUCCUCAAGCCUUCCUCACCACUCAAUGCGAUUGGCUCCAGGCUUCAUUCCCCUGCUUGUGCCAGCUCCCGACAGCCUAGAUACCCCAAUCUUCCCCUUUUCGUGCCUCUGUUGACCCAUUCUCCAUAACACUCCACCCUCUGCACAACUUAUUGCACAAUCUCUAAUUUUGUAACCAUGCCCCCAAUUUAAUGUUCUUCCACUAGAGGAAGCAUUUCAACAUCUACCCUUAGUAUCUUGGGUGUUUCAGUAAUAUUACCCCCAUUGUGUAGCAAAUUCAAAUCUAGUUUCUUUGUCCUCUGCUGAAAGGAUUUUUUCUUGAGCUGUUAUUGAUUUAACACGAUGUUCUUAAAUAUUUUCCUAUGGGUGUUCAUUCCAGACUGCAGUCACUUGCACACGUUCUCUUUCAUGUCCAGUUUUCCUCAGCUGAUUGGUAGUCACAUCUCAGUGGUUUCAACUCUCCCUGGGCUGGGCAGGUGGUUCUGGUUCUAGAUCUAUGUCCCAUUCCACAAAGAAGAUCUCUAAUGGUCCGGCGCAGCAUUGAGGCAGAUCUAUGGGAAAUGCCAUCACUUUGAUGGAAUGAUAACCCGUGAGUCGGUUGUCACUUUUAGGUCAAUGUAAACGGCAUUAUGAAUGUCCAAGUUGUUGAGCACGUUUGUUCCAUCUGCAACAUCUGUGUGAUUUCCCACUGGCAAAACCAUUUUCACUUCAUUCCCAUUUCCCAUUCUGACCUGGUAGUGCAUGGCCUUCUCUGCUGUCACAAUGAGGCCAUUCUCAGGUUGGAGGAGGAACACCUCAUAUCCUGUCUGGUUAGUCUCCAACCUGAUGGCAUGAACAUAGAUUUUUCUAACUUCUGCUAAUUUCUCCCCCCUUCCUCCUCACAUUUUCCAUUCCACAUUCUGGCUCGCCUCUUAUCACCUCGCUUCUCCUCACCUGCCUAUUGCCUCCCCCUUCCCUUUCUCCCAUAGUCCACUCUUCUCUCCUUUCAGAUUCCAUCUUCUUCAGCCCUUUGCCUUUUCCACCUAUCUGGCCUCGUCUCCCUUCCUUUCCAGUCUUGAUGAAAGGAUUUGGCCCGAAACAUCAACUCAUAAAUCUUCUCCAUUGAUGCUGCCUGACCUGCUGAGUUCCUCCAGCAUUUUAUGCAUGUUUUAGUGAAUGUCUUCACCUGAUGCCCGAUAUGAUAUUUAACCCUCUCCCCUAACAUUACCGCCAACUCAUAUCUGCUUAAUUUCACAUGGUCUUUUGUGGAAGCGCACUUGGUACAAACUGUCAGUGAUACUUCUAUUGCUGUAACAAUAAAU